UUGUGCUGUUGGUGGGGGCGUGCUCAUACCCAGUUCAGUGACCCGCCGUGCGUCUUCAUCUUCGUCGUUAUCGCCUCUUCCUCCUCCUCCUUCAGCCGCCAAGAUGUUCGGUCUGGGGCGCUUCGCUGGGAACUUGAUCCAGGCGGUGGCGGGGGAGAUUGGAGGGAACAUCGGGCAGCAGUUCUUUCAGAUGAUUGCCGACUCCUCCAAUCAAGACAGCUGGCCCCCGAAGGUUCAGCCGACCCUGCAGAGCGAUGAAGACGCUCAGUUUCGUCGCGUGUUCACCCAGCUCGCCGGGGAGGACAUGGAGAUCAGCCCUGGGGAGCUGCAGGGAGUCCUGAACAAGGUGGUCACCAAACACCGCGACCUCAAGACGGACGGGUUCAGCAUCGAGUCGUGCCGCAGCAUGGUGGCGCUCAUGGACUCGGACGGCACGGGGAAGCUGGGCUACGAGGAGUUCAAGAUCCUGUGGAACAAGAUCAAGGGCUGGCAGACUCUGUACAAGCAGUACGACGCAGACCGCAGUGGUGCCAUGUCGGCAUCGGAGCUGGGACCCGCCCUGGCAGCCGCCGGCUUCAGGCUGAACGAUCAGCUGUUGCGCGUCAUCACGCUCCGCUACGCGGAGGAGGACGGCAACGUCGACUUCGACAACUUCAUCUGCUGCCUCGUCCGCCUGGAGGCCAUGUUCCGCGCCUUCCAAGCUCACAACCGGGAUGGGGACGGCACCAUCAAGCUGAACGUGCUGGAGUGGCUGCAGCUCACCAUGUACGCCUGAGGGCCGCUGAAGAGGAGGAGGCACGGGGAGAGGGGGGGGGGCAGGGGAGAGGGGGGCGGCACCAUGGCCGCCCCGGAGCAAGUGGCCAGGAGGUCCGCCAUCUGCACGCACGCACAGCUACAUGCACGCACGCACGCGCGCGCAUACACACGCACGCACAUACACACGUACGCGUGUACACACGUACACAUGCGCACACACACGUACACACACACGCACACACAGCUACAUGCUUGCACGCACGCGCAUACACACGCACGCACAUACACACGUACGCGUGCACACACGUACACACACACAUGCACGGCGACGGACACGCACGGAUACGUACACGCGUUAAGACGCAGACAGGCAAAGAUAUCCCCACGCACGUACAUAUUGUAUGCAGGCACACGCAAAGACAAACAUCCCCCGCGUAAAUGUCGAUUUAAAGCUUUCGUGACUGCAAGGAUUCAUCUUCUUGGUUCUUUCGGUAAAGUCACGUAGAAGGAAAAUAAUAAAAGAAUGAAAGUAAAAUUGUAUUUUAAUAUGUUUAUUUUAUUGUAUUAUUUCCCUUCUACGUGACUUUACCGAAAGAACCAAGAAAAUAUCCCCCGUAUAGUCAGGGAAAGAGCUGUGAGCGAGCACCUAUUAAGGCCGGCAUGGCACUCGACGGGGUGGGUGGUCAACACCACGCCUGGCCGUCUUUGUAUCCCCAGGUUACUAAUUUAAGGCUCAGGACAGGUUUGGAUAAUUGCUAUUGUUCUGAGCUCGGGUUACCGAGUUCAUAGUGCAGUGCGCUAACCACUGCGCCACUGUUCUGUGAGUGCGUGUGCACGGACAAAGACCAAGACAAAAAUCCCCCGUAUAGCCUUAACGGGCUGUUGGGGCUAGUGCUGUUAGCGAGCAUCUUUGAAGGGACACACGGACACACACCGUUACACACGCACACAUUCACACGUGCAGCUAAAUGCUUACAGACGCACGCAGUCAGUUGCAUGCGCCUAAUGCAGUGCGGAAAAACGCUCUCGCGCGCGCACAAACACGUACACUCCGCACGCUCUCAUCAUUCGUGCUCGUAAGCUUACACGUCAUUCGCCGGGUCACGUGACCACCGCGAUGGUCACGUGACCACCGCGAUGGUCACGUGACCACCGCGGCCAUUACCGAGGUCGUGAGUUUCAGCCGCCUCUGGUUAAAUGGGAUUUUAAAGGUCGAGAGAGAGGGAGAGACGAGAGAGGGGGAGAGACGAGAGAGAGGGAGAGAGGCGAGGGGUCGAUGGUGGUGACUGGAGGGACACGGCGAGCACUGAGACCGCACCGACGUGCGGGCUAGCGCUCUUCGUUUGAAGCGAGGAGGCGUGCGUCAAGAGUCGUUGACCACCAUUGUAAAUAUUAAGAGACGUCUCGGAGAGAAUUUCGGUAGUGGGAUGGGUGAGGGGGGCGAGGGGGGGGGGGGGCGGCCGGCGUUUUUCCGACAGCAAGAGUCAAACUGAGCAAGUGCCAAACGUCGAGAGAGUUGCCAUUGCCUCACCCCGCGACUGCCGUGCUACCGCCGUGUUACCGUCGCGUUAUCGCCAGGCUACGGCCACGUUACCAUCGCGUUAUCGCCAGGCUACGGCCACGUUACCAUCGCGUUAUCGCCAGGCUACGGCCUCACCCCGACGCCACGUGUCACUCGCCCUCGGGGCAGACGAGGUGACUCAGCAGUGACUGCUGCUGCUGCUGCUCCCUCAAUCGUGACUCCCCUCCCCGGCUGCUUUGCCCCGGGCGCAAACUCAACGCGUUUCGUCGAUAGCACCUCGGUGACUUUGUCGUUAAAGGUAAACAACAACAACAACAAAAACCAGAACUGUUUGAGCGACGUGUCGGGCAAUGGCAACAGCCGACGCAAAAAUAUGCGGCGAUGGCUUUUUUAUUACUGCUGUCAAGAAGAGAUUCCUGAAACCUUUUUUUUUGCCUGAGAUAUUUUGUUCCCUCGGAUGUGAUUGAUCCAUCGUAGGUUUGUAGGUUAGAUCAGGUAAAUAUGAAUGUGUCGUCAGACCCGACACACAGCCAAUUAGAAAGCUUUGUCACGUAAACAAAACGAAGCGUGCCAAUUCGUUACUCGUUCAGCACUCACCCGUUGCGUGUUGGAGAGUGAAGCCGCUACAACAUUUACAAUUCGGGUAGCCGUGACGUUUUGCCGGAAAUUAACACAUUCCUCCUGCGGAGGGAGCUGGUAGGAACGUUGGGUUGCUCGGUCAAUGGCCAGGGUCAACGGCGGCGUGGUGUAUUCCACAAAUAUGGCCGACUGAGGGCGGGCACAAGCCGGCGUGAGUAGGUUAAACCUUGAGUUUUAUAAGGGCACCACGGGGUGACCAGCCCCUCCCCACUCAGCCCCACCCCUCCCACCCCCACCCAGCCCCACUCCUCCCAUUUUUGGAUGCACGACGAACUGACGGACACAAUGAUCCCCUGUGGGCUGGUGUAACCAGGAGGUUCCUACCAGUACAAUGACGAGCAGCAGCAGCAGCAGCAGCAUCAUUGGGUGAGAGCCAGAGAGAUGUGGAGAAAUCCUCUCUGCUGUUGAGGUCUCAAAUAGACACGGGCUGGGAUGCAUGUGAUGUCGUCGCUUGUGAGCCCAUCGAGUGCAAAUGCCAGAAGAGGGGUGAGCGAGGGUUGAUGUAUGCAUAUAAAUUACAAAUGUAUAUCCAUUACCGGUUGGGUUAUUCAAAAUGUGGUUGAGUUGUUAAUUUGUGCACCACUGCCAACAGCAGCAGCAGCAGCAUCACAACAAAUGUCAUUCCUGUUUGAGGUGCCAGCCAAGUGAUGUCACGAGCUCUACCCGAUUGGCCUCCCACAGUCACGUGACCGGAGCAUCUCUUGUGUGUGUGUGUGACGAGUCACGUGACUGGAGGAUCUAUCCGUGCGGCUCUUGAAAGUUUGUCGUGUUUAUCGAGCCCCCAAUAAACGUCUCUUCUUGCCA